UCUCUCUCUCUCUCUCUCUCUCUCUCUCUCUCACACACAUACCCAAAUGAUCAUAUCUAAUGAGAUCCCACUAUACACCAAUUGUAAGCGAACCACUUUUACUCCAUUAUCACCGAAAUAAAAUCAUAAGCUGUUUUUUUAUAUUAUUUCGCACAAUUCCUAAACUAAGCCAACACACAUCUAUCGAUCUUCCAGUCCAAGCUAUCCCAAAAAGACCAGCAAUUGCUUCACAACAUCUACCUCAAUAAUCUUAAAUCGUUCACUACCAUCACCACCAACACCAAGUUCAAAAAAUGUAACAACAAUAACCCUAAUAAUAAUAACCCUGUAAAAAUGCUGUUCAUUCUGAGUGCUUACCACCCCAGUCCACUCACUGACUGAACCCUAAAACCAGAACUUACUGGUGCCUCUCUCUCUACUUCACCAAACGCUCCCUCCCGCCACGAGAAACAAAGCCACAAACCAUGAGGACGAAGGAAAGUGCUUAGCUAAAGAGGCUGGAGGUAAGAGUAAACAGCCAGAAACACUGAGAUAGCUUUUCCUCAGCGCCCAUCAGCAGGGUUUUGAGGAGAGAGUGACAGCUCUUUGUUGGUAAGGAGAAGUCGUUGGAGAUAGAGUGAGAGAGAGAGAGAUACAGAAAGAGAGAGAGAGAGUGAGGGAGAGGGAGAACUCCUCCUCCCAACUAGCCCAGGCUGGGCAGGCGUGUGCUCUCUCUUCACAAAUAGGACACGGGCUCUGCAACUCAGCACAGUCCCAAACUCCACUUUCCAGCACUCGGAUCCCUGACAGCAAACCGGGACUAUCUCAAUCUCACCUUAAAAACACACAACUAGAACUCUUCUAUCAGCGCGGCCGAACCACACACACCUUGCCUGCUGUCUGCAUUUGCCUUACCACCAGGAUUAUACUCUGUUUUCUUUCUUUCCUUCUUUUUUCUGUUUUUUAAAGGUCUCAACGGAGUGCAGGGUGCUCCACCGAAUGUUCCUGUUUUGCAUCGUCUCUUUUGGAGAGGCGGCGCGUUAAAGGUGCCUGCAGUCUUUUUUCCCCCAAUUUUUUAUACCUUUAGAAAUUUUUAGGAGCCUUUUCACGCAAUUUUGCAUUUUUCGAGCGAGCUGCAGACCCUUUUCGGAUGGUCUGAGGCUGCGGAGCGCCGUAUGGAAGUGGUGGGGUGCAAGGCAAGAGAAAGCAGUUGCACAUUGCGUCCAGCAGCCAUGCUUUUCCACGGCAUCUCCGGGGAGCACAUCCAAGGGAUCAUGGAGGAGAUGGAGAGGAGAUCGAAGUCGGAGUCGCGGCUGGCCAAAACGGUCCAGAUGAACGGCAGGGAGACGAGCAUGCCCUCCGUGAGCCCGGAGAAACCCGCCCUGUGCGCCGGCUGUGGGUCCAAGAUCUCAGACAGGUACUACUUACUUGCGGUGGACAAGCAAUGGCACCUCCGCUGCCUCAAGUGCUGUGAAUGUAAACUGGCCUUGGAGUCGGAGCUGACCUGCUUCGCCAAGGAUGGCAGCAUUUACUGCAAAGAGGAUUACUACAGGUUCUCCGUGCAGAGGUGUGCCCGCUGCCACCUGGGCAUCUCGGCUUCGGAAAUGGUGAUGCGCGCCCGGGACUCCGUGUACCAUCUGAGCUGCUUUACAUGCACGUCGUGCAACAAGACGCUGACGACGGGCGACCACUUCGGCAUGCGGGAGAACCUGGUUUACUGCCGGGCACACUUCGAGAGCCUGGUGCAGGGGGAGUACCACGCGCCGCUCAACUACGCCGAGCUCGCGGCCAAGGGCGGUGGGCUCGCUCUGCCCUACUUCAACGGCGCGAGCGCAGUGCAGAAGGGCAGGCCACGGAAACGCAAGAGUCCCGCCAUGGGCAUCGAUAUCAACACCUACAACUCAGGUUGUAAUGAAAAUGACGCAGACCAUUUGGAUCGAGAUCAGCAGCCCUACCCUCCCUCGCAGAAGACCAAACGCAUGCGUACGUCCUUCAAGCACCACCAACUCCGAACCAUGAAGUCCUACUUUGCCAUUAACCACAACCCUGAUGCCAAGGACUUAAAGCAGCUUGCUCAGAAAACAGGCCUCACCAAAAGAGUUCUUCAGGUUUGGUUCCAAAACGCACGGGCCAAAUUCAGAAGGAACGUUUUGCGGCAGGAGAAUGGGGGUGUUGAUAAGGCCGACGGCACGUCACUUCCUCCACCCUCCUCCGACAGCGGUGCACUGACCCCGCCCAGCACCGCCACCACACUAACAGACCUGACCAAUCCCUCUAUCACCGUAGUAACAUCAGUGACCUCUAGUUUGGACAGCCACGAUUCCGGGAGUCCCCCACAAACUACCUUGACAAAUCUUUUCUAACACAAAAUUGUUUUUGUCCUUUAUUUUUUUUUUUCCUUCAAAAAAUUUGAUUAUUAAUUUUUGUUGUUGUUCACAAAACACCCUCAAGCAACCAGAGACAGACCCCUUUGGAGACUCUAAAAAUGAAGGAAAUGAAGAAAUGUAAUGUGUAGCAUUUGCAACCACUUGGCAGCUGAGUUUUCACGUAUGUUUCUUUUUAAUGCACUAUGUUCUCAUAAAGGCCUACUGUUAGCAUAUUUGAACUAUUGAACUAUUGAUAUGUGGAAGCGGACAACAUGCCUAAAUCAUAGUCAGAGAAGCUUUUGUUCAGGUUAACCCUCAAGGUAAACCUUUAAGUCUUUAAGUAACAUGAGGUCACAAUGCUUUUUGUUAUUUUCUGAAUGUUCCCAAUACAGCUGAUAGACAUAGACAUUAACUUAACAGCUCAAAUGCCAGGUGGAUGCCUAAACCUCAAAAUAGUACAACAAUGCAGCUCUAAUUAGGACUUAAAGAUCAUCUGUGCAGUGGUAACUGUUCCAAAUGUCAUGAUCCCUAUAUUGGCCCGGAUAAAUGAAAGAAACGUCUAAUCAAUUAUUUCAGUUAUUUUAAUGGAUGGGCUAUGUUUUCAUUGAUUGUACAGAGAAGCACUUUGAACAAUUAUGACUUGCAGUUUUGUAUUUUAACUGCCCAUGAACUGUUAUCAUAUACAGUCACUCAGUGACAAGACAAUUGCUAGUGAAAAGUGCAUUAUGAUAGUGCUGCUCAGGGUGAGAAUUAGAGCUAGGGAGUUUGUUUUUUUUAAGAAAAGGUUGAGUUUCUUGGAACAGAUUUUUUACGAAAUAUAUUGUAGGAUGUAAAAUUGGUCAGAAAGACAUAAAUCAGUUAAUUUUCCUCCUCAAGCAUAAUCACAUAUUUUUUAACGAACACUUGCCACUGAACAGACCAGAAAAACAAAUUUAUUCAACAUUUAUUCUGACUGGAAGCUUAAGUGAGGGAUGGUUAAGGACUGAUCCGGCUCCUAGCUCGCUAGGGUGAACUAAUUCAUUGUGUGAUGGUAAAUUUGGAAAUUUGUUCUGUUGUAGAACAAAGUGGUACUCUAGAUCUACUUCAUGAAGUAGAUGCCUAACUCAGUUCUGCUAUGUGCCUUACGCUAUAACUUGGAAGAGAGUUUGUGAAAAUUCAGGAGAUACAUGUCUUGUUUGUUUAACUGAUUCACAUCCUUUGAGACGCCUCACUAGUUUUGUACUGUUUUUGGUUUCUUAAUUUUUUUUUUUGUUUAUUUGUUUUUGUUUUUUUUUGUUGUUUUCAUUUGAUAUUUCGACGAUCUUUUUAAUGGUGUGUUCUGUUAUGAAGGGGGCAGCGAUGUCAUAGAAAGCAGUUGUGCACUCUUUCAAAUAUAGUUGGUAAAAAUCCAAGAAUCUUAUAUAUUGAUCUUCGUGUUAAUAGUACAGUACGUGUUCUAUCAAGAUUGUCCAUGUUUCCUUGUUUCUUGAAAAAAAAAGAUGGUGUAUAGAAACUAUUUCCCCUUAAAUAUUUAUGGACCAAACGGUUGUUAUAUCUUAUUAAAUUUGUGUGAAUAAAAAAACACUUGGUUUUAACAGAGUUUUAUUUUUCAUUACACGACCAUUUCUGUUUAUUUUUUUUUGUUGUGUUGUCUCUCAAAUUUGCAGUUUUUUGGUCACAUCAACUGAAACAUGAUAUUGAUGAUUGAUACCCAGUCAGAACUCCCUCCCGCACAUCUCUUACUCUCAUUUUUGAUAUUGAUUUCCAAUUUCAUUCUCUUUAUUGUUCCAAAGUAAUGCCCCAUGGAUUUGCACUAAAGCCCUGUGAUCGAUUCAGAAAAAGGACUGCUUUUUUUUUUAAUGCAUGAUUAUGGCUACGUUAUAAAGCAACUGAUCUCAGACCAAUGCUAGAAAGCACACCUUGAUUUAUAUAUUUAUAUACGUAUUUUUUUAUUAUUA